UUUAACGAUCAACGUCCAACAUUUUCUAGCCCAUCAGACCGUAGCAACAGCAUUUGGUUUUGUUCAAAUUAUUUGUAUCAGUAAAUUAAAUAACUCCGGCCUAAGUAGGUAAUAAAAUGACCACUCUUCGCAUGUGUGUGUAAACAAAUAGGUAUAUGUUCAUUUAUUUUUUUAUAUUUGUAAAGGGCUACAGUUGUUGCCCAUAACAAUAAAAAACUUCGUAGUAAAAGGAAGUAACCUUUCUAAUUAAAAAAAAAAUGUAUUUUUUAAAUACACCCCUGGGCAUUAUUUAAUAAAGCAAGUGGUUUUAUUGAAUUUAAGAAUGUUAAAAUAUAUAUCAGUUUUAUUGUUUGUGAUUUUAAAUUUCAGUGAUGUAUUCGGUGAUAAGAAUAAAUAUGGGACGUUCAAUCUAACUCUGACAGGCGCUGACAAAUGCAGAGGUCCCAAACAUAAAGACUGUGCAACAAUGCAAGUUGAGAUUAGUGACCAUAAUAUUUUGUACUAUGACGUAAAUGUAACCCAAAAUGUAAUCUUAACCAAAGGUAAAAUAAUAGCCAUGACAAAAGGGAAAGAAUACAUAAGAUUUCAACUGAAGAAACCAUGCGAACAUUUAUUUUUGAAGCCGAUAUUAUAUGCCAUCUACAAUAUUACAAAAGAUUGUGCAAUUUCUAAAGGUCGUUACCAAUACAAUGUGGAUGUACAAAAAAUAACCCAAUCCUACUACGGAGGAAACUUUUUAUUGGGAAACUGGACAUUUCGAUCACUUUUCUACAGCGAUGAAUGUAACUUCUAUUGUCUUGAUAUUAAAGUUCAAUUGUUUUGAAUUUAUUUCCUUUUCAAUACCGUACGCUUUUAUUGGAUCGAGGAACUAAGGUUAC